AAGAAAGAAAGAAAGAAAGAAAGAAAAAAAAAGAAAAUCCAGUGCGCCUCACCCGCGCGCCGCGAAAUGCCGCCGCCCCUCCCCUCCACCGCCGCCACCACCGCGGCGACGGCGGCGGCGGCCGCGCUGCCCCACCUCGCGCGCCUCCCGCGGGGCGGGGGGCUCCGGCUACGCCGCGCUUCCUCCUCCCACUACUCCCCCCUCGCCCUCGGCCACUACCAGCAGCGGCGGCACCGGCACCACCACCCGCGGCUGCUGCCCGCGCCGGCGGCGUCGCCGCUGCCCCCGCCGCCGCCGCCGCCGCCCGAGGAGCUGCUGCCGAGCCAGUCGACGGGGCUGGUGGCGGCGUCGCAGGCCAACUACAUGCGGGUCAUCGUGGGGUCGGCCCCGCCGGGGCGGGAGCAGCACCUGGGCGGGGACCUGCUGUGCGUGGUGCGGGCGCUGCUCAAGAAGAUACGCCGCCGCGUGCUCGUCGGGGACAGGGUGCUCGUUGGGGCCGUCGACUGGGCGGACCGCCGCGGCAUGAUCGAGGACGUCUUCGAGCGCCGCACCGAGGUGGCCGACCCGCCCGUCGCCAACGUCGACCGCCUCAUCCUCCUCUUCUCCCUCGACCAGCCGCAGCCCGAGCCCGCCACGCUCACCAGGUUCCUCGUCGACGCCGAGUCCACCGGGAUACCAUUUGUGCUCGUCUUCAACAAGGUCGAGCUCGUCGAUGACCAGACCAUAGCAUACUGGAGAGAUAGGAUGAAGAGUUGGGGAUAUGAUCCGCUAUUUUUAAGUGUUGAUCAGAAAUCAGGAUUAUCUGCCCUUGAAGAAAUGUUGGAAGGGCAGACAACUGUAAUUGUUGGUCCAAGCGGUGUUGGGAAGUCCAGCCUGAUCAAUGCCUUGAGACGCAAUCAGAACAUCUCAGAAGAAGACCCCAUACAUAAACUAGUUGAGCAGAAUAGUAAAUGGUUUGGUGAACAACGGGUCGGUACCGUUUCAAAGAAAAGCGGCAAAGGAAAGCACACAACACGUCAUGUUUCAUUGCUUCCUAUAGCCGGUGGAGGUUUUCUUGCAGAUACUCCAGGAUUCAACCAGCCUAGCUUGACAAAAGUGACCAAGAAGGGUCUUGCAGAAACAUUUCCAGAGAUAAGAAAGAUGCUUGCAGAGAAUGAACCCUCAAAAUGUUUAUUUAAUAACUGUGUUCACCUUGGUGAGCGUGGAUGUGUUGUAAAAGGUGAUUGGGAAAGGUAUCCGUACUAUCUACAGUUGCUUGAUGAAAUCAAAAUCAGAGAAUCAUUCCAGUUAAGAACAUUUGGAACAAAAAGAGAGGGUGAUGUCAGAUAUAAAACAGGUGUCAUGGGUGUAAAGCAAGCAGAGCCUCGUCUUGAACUCAAAAAGCACAGAAGGGUAUCUAGAAAGAAGAUUAACCAGUCGAUUCUUGAUGAUAUUGAUGAUGACCUAGAUGAAGACGACUGGUUUGAUGUGAAGCAGCGUUCUAGGAAACGAUGACCUAAUUACUUUCUUAUCUGACGGCUCUAAACAUUUGUAACCCAUGUAUGUGUUGUACAUAGCUGGAUCUGUUGUUCCACCAUGCCAUUUAACUUGUAUGCUGAACAGUGAACACUUGCAAAUAGAAAUCUGUAGACAAAGGAAACUGUACAAACGUGCUCGAUUAUUGAUUUAUUGUGUUCCCUGCGAGUUGUGGCAGAACGCUGAAAAGAAAGCAAGCUAAACAAAGAAGCAGAAUUCUGAA